GGUGUCUCAGUUGCCAUUCCGACGCGCAUCCCUAGCUGAGGAGCACUUUUCUGGCGGAGCUGGACAGGGCGAGCUUCUCAGAUCCUUCUGCGGAGAGAGGACUUCACCCAAGGGUUCCCGGUUCCCGUCCUCGCCUCCCCCCCGGGAGAGCCCUCGGCGCAGAGAUGUGCCCCUGGAGCGGAGCCCGCUGUCGAUAAACUCACACAAAGGGAAUGACACUGUGAAACGGCGCAACAUUCACCAUCCAGGAGGAGUAAUAACGGCACCAAUCUGCAUGGUUUUAUAUUGAGGAUCGUGGGCUCGAGCGGGGCUGUAAGACCCCCCCAAUCACAGCUAAAGACAUGAGAAGAAAAAGCUCUGCUGCGGCGCUCUGCGUUUGAGUCUCAGUCCAUCCAGGGGGGUCCAGUCUGCACACCUUUCUUCAUGUUGCAAGCGCCUGGUUUAUGACAAUGGAUUACUUGCUUUGGGUGUGCAGCCUUGUUGUCCCUGUGGUCCUGGCUGUAGAAGAAACCCUCAUGGACAGUCGGUGGGCUACCACAGAGCUGGCUUGGACCACAUUUCCAGAGAGCGGGUGGGAGGAAGUGAGCGGCUAUGAUGACUCCAUGAGCCCGAUCAGAACCUACCAGGUGUGUAACGUCCGGCAGCCAAACCAGAACAACUGGCUGAGGACAGAUUUCAUCCCCCGCAGAGGAGUGCUGCGAGUCUACGUGGAGCUCAAGUUCUCCGUCCGCGACUGUGCGAGCAUCCCCAACAUCCCGGGUUCCUGCAAGGAAACGUUCAAUCUGUUUUACUACGAGUCAGAGGGGGACAUGGCUACAGACACUAGCCCUCUGUGGAGGGAGAACCCUUAUGUGAAGGUGGAUACUAUUGCUCCGGAUGAGAGCUUCUCUCUGCUGGAGGCUGGCAGGAUCAACACCAAAGUGCGCAGCUUCGGUCCCCUCUCCAAGGCAGGAUUCUACCUGGCCUUCCAGGAUCUGGGAGCCUGCAUGUCGCUCAUUUCGGUCAGGGUUUUCUUUAAGAAGUGCUCCACCACCAUUGCCAAUUUUGCUGUCUUCCCUGAGACUGCAACAGGUGCAGAAGCAACUUCCUUAGUAAUCGCACCGGGGGCCUGUGUGGCCAAUGCCAUGGAGGUUUCCGUCCCUCUGAAGCUGUACUGCAACGGGGAUGGCGAGUGGAUGGUUCCUGUGGGCUCUUGCACCUGCGUCGCUGGCUAUGAACCCUCUGCAGACAGCACACAGUGCCAGGCUUGCAUCCCUGGGACCUUCAAGUCAAAAUUUGGUGAGGGAACAUGUGCUCCCUGCCCAUCCAACAGUCGCACCAGUUUCCGAGGAGCCAACAUUUGUCCCUGCCAGAAUGGUUUCUACCGCGCUGACAGUGACCCACCGGACUCGCCCUGCACCACCAUCCCUUCAGCCCCUCGCAACGUCAUAUCCAGCGUGAACGAGACCUCUCUGUCCUUGGAGUGGGAGGAACCCGAGGACACAGGCGGGCGGGGGGACCUCGUCUAUAACGUAGUGUGCAAGAAGUGUUUGCGCGACCGGAGCCCGUGCACACGCUGUGACGACAACGUGGACAUCGCUCCGCGCAGACUGGGGAUGAGGCUGCGGAAGGUGGUGGUGAGGAACCUGCAGGCUCACACCCGUUACAGCUUUGAAGUCCAGGCUGUCAAUGGUGUGUCUGGGAAAAACCCUUCCUCGCCUAACUACUCCACAGUCAACAUCACCACCAACCAGGCUGCACCUUCAGCUGUGCCAACAGUCCAUCUGAUGCGCUCCACCGCAGAUACCCUCAACCUGUCAUGGCUGCCCCCUGAGAAACCCAAUGGGGUCAUCCUCGACUAUGAGAUUAAAUACAAGGAGAGGGGCCAGGUGAUGACUCACACCGUCACAUCCCAGCACAGCUCGGCCAAGGUGGAGGGGCUUAGGCCAGCCACAGCCUAUGUGGUGCAGGUCAGAGCCCGGACCGUCGCUGGAUAUGGACGAUACAGCAAUCCCAUGGACUUUAGCACCAACCUGCACAGUGACCCCCAGAAGUCGGCACAGGACCAGUUGCCUCUCAUCAUUGGGUCUGCCUCCGCUGGUCUGGUAGUCGUUGUUGCCUUGGUGGUUAUUGCUGUUGUCUGCCUUAAGAAGCAGCGCAGCGGGUCAGAGCUGGAGUACACCGAGAAACUGCAGCAGUACAUUUCCCCAGGGGUCAAGGUGUACAUUGACCCCUUCACCUAUGAGGACCCCAACGAUGCGGUUCAUGAGUUUGCCAAAGAGAUAGACAUCUCCUGUGUGAAAAUCGAAGAAGUCAUCGGUGCAGGUGAAUUUGGCGAAGUGUGCCGUGGCCGCCUGAAGCAGGCCGGCCGCAGGGAGAUGGUGGUGGCAAUCAAGACACUCAAGGCAGGCUACACUGAGCGCCAGAGGCGAGACUUCCUUGCCGAGGCCUCCAUCAUGGGUCAGUUCGACCACCCCAAUGUAAUUCGUCUGGAGGGCGUUUUGACACGAAGCUGCCCCGUCCUCAUCAUCACUGAAUUUAUGGAAAAUGGAGCGCUGGAUUCCUUCCUGAGGCUCAACGAUGGGAGAUUCACCAUGACGCAGCUGGUAGGCAUGCUGCGUGGCAUUGCUGCAGGGAUGAAGUACCUGUCAGACAUGAACUAUGUACACCGAGACCUUGCUGCACGGAAUAUCCUUGUCAACAGCAACUUGGUCUGCAAGGUCUCUGACUUUGGCCUCUCGCGCUUCCUGGAUGACACCUCUGCUGACCCCACUUACACAAGCUCCCUGGGAGGAAAGAUUCCCAUUCGGUGGACGGCACCAGAAGCCAUCGCCUUCAGAAAGUUCACCUCUGCCAGUGACGUGUGGAGUUACGGCAUCGUCAUGUGGGAGGUGGUGUCCUACGGAGAGAGGCCUUACUGGGACAUGAGCAACCAGGACGUGAUGACUGCAGUAGAGCAGGACUACCGGCUGCCUCCACCCAUGGACUGUCCCAUGGUGCUGCACCAGCUGAUGCUGGAGUGCUGGAUGAAGGAAAGAAACCUGAGGCCCAAGUUCUCACGCAUUGUCAGCACCCUGGAUAAGCUGCUCCGCAAUGCCGCGAGCCUCAAAGUGGUGACCAGCAGCUACUCAGGGGAUCUGUUGCGGCUGGGAGGAACGCUGCCGGGACACAACAGGAAGAGCCCGGAAGACAGUCAGGAAAUCAUCCGCCAACAGAUGAGCCAAACUCUCCCCAUCAGAGUGUGAACUGCUGCAAAGCAUACUGAAGGACAAGAAAACUACCUACAAACUGACGUGGAAAAUCUGAUGUACAAAGUUUUAAAAAAAAAGCGAGAGGGGAAUAAAAGAUGAAGCCAAUGAAAGUGGACCAGGCUGGAGACUUCCUUCCCACUGGAGAAUUAAUGUCUGUAUAAAGAGAACUUCCCAUUGCGAUGUGUGUGUUCAUUACUUGACACUUGUGGAUUUGUGACUGUUGACAUGAAGCCAAACUUCUAAUUGGACCCUCUCAGGUUGUGUUUGCAUGCCUGCAUGAGUUUUUUUUCUUUCUGCUGGUUGGGAAUCAGUAUUUCCUUCUCCUCACUGUCGCACCAAGGAAAGCAAGCUGGCAGAGGCUAUACAACUCCCCGUCUAGAUGACGCUACAGUGCCAAGAUGAAGCAAAGCCAACCUUCAACACAGCUUGACCUCUCUAUACCUUCAAUCUGCUCGAUCCUUUUUUUUCUUUGGUUAAUCCCAACCAAAUAUGUUGCUUAAGCUAUUUUGGUGAUGAGAAAUAAGAAACCUUUCAUCCUCUUCCUCUUAAAUACUGUCUUCCACUUAAAUGUACUGGGAGAUCCUUGUUUUACAAACCUGUACAAAGCAUCCAAGUCUUCACCCUGUCUCUCACUGUUGGAGGGGAGACGUAGCUGACACUGUGCGGGACACGUCAUGUGCAUGCCAAAGUGGAAACUCCUUCAUGAGAAAAAUAACUACCAAGUUCCACGUUUGCUGUUGCUUUGGUGGCAUCUUGUAUUGGGCUUUUUAACGUCCACGUUUUCUUAACCUUCUUUGACUCAUAAACGCAUUGUUUUGAAUGCUAAGUUAUUACCUGAUACUGGAUUUUUUUUUGUCCUUCUUUCCUUUUUUACUUGAACUUAACUUUUUUAUUACAAUGCCUGUUUUUUUUCCCCCCCACAUAGUAAGAAACCAGACAGACGUGAAUGAGUUAAUUUAGAAGACGUUUGACUCAGACAGGCUAAUUAUCUUUAAAAUCACUGAGGAGACUGUGUCAGGAUCCAUGUCAAGCCUCUUCUUGCUCAGGGCAGGAAGAGGCUUGACUCUGAAGCUUGCAGAUUAGUGGGAACUUAAAACUGACCCAGAAAUUUCAAAAAAAGCAGAACAAAUCAGUCAUUGUUUUGUUUUUACCUAAUCAGUGUUUUCCUCAGAACGCCAGUUGUCAGUGCAGUUUCUAUUUAAACUAACUGCCUGUAUAUAACACCAUAUUUGUAUUAGACCAAACCACUGAGCAGUUACAGCUAUCUGACCUGACUUUGGCCGUUUCUGUGGCCCUCAUUUAUCUGCCUGCUAGUUUGUUGUCAUGAAGCAAACAAAUGAGAAAACUUGAAGGUCAUUACUAGGGAUGUCCCGAAACUAAUCCGAGUCAUUGCAGAAAAGGCCUUAGCCGAUCGAGUCUUAGUCUGAUUCAUUCUUAAAAUCAUUACCAUGCAUACCCAGUUUAAGAACAGACUGUUUUAUCAAACGUUGUCUAACAGAAGUAUAGAUUUAGUUUCACUUAACUCACCCGCCAAUGACGUUCCGGAUGCUGCAAUCUUUCCUAUCACUUUUUCCUAUUAUUAUUCAGAGUCUAUACAGGUCAACAUCAAUAUUCUGCUCCAACACUCAGAAAGUUCUAAAGUCCUGACAGUGCAUCCCCUGAAACGAGUCAUGGGCCAGCUACUGGUGUCAGAGUACAUCAAGGUUUUAAAAGGUCAGAUUUUAAAACCACUAAACUUUUAUGUUAUAUUGUUUUCAUGGUUUAAAGUCCUAAGAUGCUAGAGAAACUGUUGCUGUGCACUGCUGGUAAGCUGGCUGAAGAGAGGCUUAUGCACUUUCGCCCUGCCUGUUAGAAACACUGGAAGUAUAUUGGGUUGCAAAAACAUAAAAACAAUUAUGCCUUGGAAAGUAAAUGUAACAAUAAACUGAAUAUUAAAAAAAAACAUGUUACUGCUAUCACACUAUCUUAAAACUACACUUGCCAAUCUAUUAGUGACAGGUCUUUUAAAAAGCCGUUUGCAGGCUGGCUACUUGAGCAGAUAGCCCGACUAGCUAACAUGGGCUAGUUAAGCUCUAUAAAGGGAAAAAGGUGUAACAAUCUGCACAAUAAGCACUUGAAAAUUAAAUUUAAGAGGAUUUUAUCCUCCUCCACGCAUUAAAACCAAAAUAAUAAAUGUUAUAGACAACAUUAUUAUAACUGUGUUACAUUAUUUUAGCAGGAGUGGCAGUUUUAAAAAAAGCAAUUACACAUUUUUUGGAGUUCAUACAGUGAAACAGUGUUAUUAUUAAGGUUUAUCACACUGUGAGAAUCUCAUAUUGGUAAACCUGCAUUGCUUCAUUCUUUCUGUGAUUAGAUCUGACUUGACACAUACAGUUCCUUUCUGCUAAAGCAGUUUGCUGAUGGUAGACAAAAAUUAGCAUGUUUACUCAAUGGUUUAAAAAGUGAUUAGCUGAGAAUUUGACUUGAAACAUUUUUCAUUGCAUUUCUAGUUAACUGUUUGUGGACAAAUAUAUUGAAGAAGUUAUCCUGCUCCUGCACACCUCUGCUGGGACAGCUGGGCAUAUCUGAACCAAAUGAACUAAGCAAAAUAUGACACAGACAGACCAGGAGCUGCAGCCGCCAACACAGUGUCUCAUUCACAGUGAACUUCUUUGGUUGGGGUGAAAAAAUGCUUAGAUUGUCAGAAAAAAUUGAGAUAUGUGACAUCAUCAAAAUAAUAUGUGUGUGGACACUUAUAUGAUUUAUAUAGAUACAAUAUGUUGCUAUUGUUCCUAAUGCCUUACAAAAUGCAGCCGCACAGCGAUAUAGAGUCAAAAUUGCCGACAAGAGGCCUAAAACAGGAAUCAGGAGCCGAGUGUUCUUGAGGACACUGGUAGCAAUUACUGAAAAAAAGACUUUAUUGGGAGCCCAAACUAUUACCUGGGAUCGCAUCGGGACAUCCUUAGUCAUUCCAUAACUAAAACUAUACAGAAUCUCACCGUGAAAGAAGAAAAUGUGUCUGUUAGUGCAGACUUUUCCUGUGCAGUUAAAGGUGUACUAGAUUGUAAAAAAUGUGAGAAAACUAGAACAAAAAUAAGCAUUUCUCUUUCAGUAUUUUUACGAUAAUCAUAUGCAAAUAAAUUAUUAAACACA